AUGCGGGCACCUAGCGGACACACGCGCGCGGGCCUCAUGGGCACCGUGCUGAGCUUCAGCCCGCGCGAGCGGAGACCGCCCGCCGCCGCCCCGCCGCCCGACCGCGCCGCGCUCGCCUACUCCUACGAGCGCCUCAACAACGCCAAGAACAGGGAGAACAGAGACGCGCCCCGGGACGAGAGACGCGCGACCCUCGACGAUGCCGCCAAGAUUAUAUCCGAAAAGACCGCCCUCGAGAAGAACCUCAAGAAACACUCGCUGUUCAUUAACGCGCUAUCGUGGAAGAGGUUUUCGACCGCGAAUAAUAACAAAAAAAAGUUAGAAUGUAAGAGCAAAAGCGUCUCGACGUUUCGGGCGCCCCUCGCGGACAAUGCGCCGCUCGAUAGGAAUAAGAAUGUCAGCGUCGGGGGCGCGAUAUACGCGCGGCCCCCGGUGGCGUUGCCGCCGCCGGCGGAGGUGGUUCGGACCAAUGCACUAAACAAUAACGUGUGCUAUGCGGAGAAACUGCCCACGACGGCGGUGGGGCCUGCCCCGGUGCCGGUGCCGAGGAAGACGGUGAUCCAGGCGUCGACGUCGGAGCUUCUUAAGUGCUUGGGCAUGUUCCUACAUACACGCUGUCACCGCCUACGCGAUUUCCAGGCCGGCGACGCCGUCAUGUGGCUACGAACUGUCGACCGAUCGCUGCUCCUGCAAGGUUGGCAGGACGUGGCGUUCAUCAACCCAGCGAACGUUGUCUUCGUGUACAUGCUGGUCCGCGAGUUAGUCGACGGGGAGCGGAUAGCCCGUCCACAGGAGUUACAGGCGGUGGUCCUCACCUGCCUCUACCUCUCCUACUCAUACAUGGGCAACGAGAUCUCCUACCCCCUCAAGCCUUUCCUAGUCGAGGACUCGAAAGACAAAUUCUGGGAUCGUUGCCUUCUCAUCGUCGACAGACUGUCCUUUAACAUGUUAAGAAUCAACUCCGAGCCUGGUUUCUUCACUGAGGUGUUCACAGAGCUGAAGGCGUGUGGUGCGGUGGACAGUCCACCACCCGCGCCUCCGCACCCCGCCCCGGCGCCCCCGCACGCCAUGACGGCUGCCUGACAUACAGAGGUCGCUGUGCUCAGGCUAGCACUGACUGACCGCCCGAGUCGUGUUUGAUGCCGGCUUUUAACUACUGAAGCUCUUGGUCAAUCGUCGAUCGUAAAGUGGACGACUAAUCAGACGUAUAGAUAAUUUAGAAAAGAAUUAAAAUAAAGGUAUAAUCUUGUGUGAUCGAUGUAUGCAAGAACGUUUGUAGGAGAACAUGAAAUUUCUAUACAUUCCUUUUCAAACAAUUCUCACUUCGGUUUCUGCGAAAUUAGGACACUUUGUUCUGAUAAAAUUGAUUAGUCAAAAAAAUUUACACUCAAAUAUAAUAAACAUUCCAAAAAUAUUCUAA